AUGUCCUUUCUUCUUCGCAUUGCUGCAGACCUGAACACCUGCCCUGUCGGCAUUGCGACCCAGGAUCCCGAGCUUCGCGAGAAGUUUGCCGGUCAGCCCGAGGCUGUGAUCAACUUCUUCUAUUACCUCGCCGAGGAGCUCCGUUCCAUCAUGGCCAAGCUCGGUCUCCGUACCAUCAACGAGAUGGUUGGUCGAUCCGACCUCCUCAAGGUUGACGACAGCCUGCGCACCCCCAAGACUGCCAAGCUCGACCUCAGCGCUCUUCUGAAGCCCGCUCACGAGAUGCGACCUGGUGCGGCCACCUACAAGGUCCGCCAGCAGGACCACAAGCUCUACGUCCGUCUUGACAACAAGUUCAUCGAUGAGGCCGAGCCCGCUCUCACCCAGGGCCUGCCCGUUCAGAUCGAAUGUGACGUUGUCAACACGGAUCGAGCUCUUGGUACCACGCUCUCGUACCGUGUAUCGAAGCUGUACGGUGAGGAGGGUCUGCCUCGCGACACCAUCCACAUCAACGCCAAGGGUUCUGCCGGUCAGUCGUUGGGAGCUUUCCUGGCUCCUGGUGUCACCAUCGAGCUUGAGGGAGACGCGAAUGACUAUGCUGGUAAGGGCAUGAGUGGAGGACGUCUCAUCGUGUACCCUCCGAAGAACUCUCCCUUCAAGGCUGAGGAGAACAUCAUUGUGGGUAACACCUGUUUGUACGGCGCGACUACGGGCCACGCUUACUUCCGAGGUAUCGCCGCCGAACGUUUCGCUGUUCGCAACUCCGGUGCCCAUGCUGUUGUUGAGGGUGUCGGUGACCACGCCCUGGAGUACAUGACAGGAGGUCGUGUAGUCAUCCUGGGACCUACUGGCCGCAAUUGCGCGGCCGGAAUGUCAGGAGGAAUUGCCUACGUUCUCGAUAUGAACCGUGAUUUCCACACCAAGUGCAACAUCGAGAUGGUGGAGCUGGGUCCCGUCAAGGAUCCCAAGGAGAUUGCCGAGCUUCGCAACCUGAUCGAGAACCACCGCCACUAUACGGGCUCCACCGUGGCUGAUCACGUUCUGCACGAGUUCCACCACAUCCUUCCUCGCUUCGUUCGAGUCAUGCCGCUUGACUACAAGCGCGUGCUCGAAGAGGAGGCCGCCAAGGCCGCGGCCGAGAAGAAGCGCUCGAGCCACGUCGACCUGCUCGGCACUCUUUCGCGCCACGGCAGUCAGGUUGAGAUCCUGGCUCAGGAGGACAACCCGAAGGACAACGCUGCCGACGGUGUUCGCGAGAUCCCCGCCGCCAAGCCCGUCGAGCCAUCCGUUGUUGACGUCGAGGACUCGAUGGUUGAUGACGAGACCGCCAAGUCGAGGCUCAACAAGCUCGACAAGACCCGCGGUUUCAUGAAGUACAAGCGUCUCGGCGAGCACUACCGCAACCCCACCAAGCGUGUCAAGGACUACAAGGAGCUCUCCGUCCGUCUCACCGAGGCCGAGCUCAAGUACCAGACCGCUCGUUGCAUGGACUGCGGUGUUCCUUUCUGCCAGGCCGAUACCGGUUGCCCCAUCUCCAACAUCAUCCCCAAGUGGAACGACCUCGUCUUCAAGGGACAGUGGGAGGAUGCGCUCAACCGUCUCCUCAUGACCAACAACUUCCCCGAGUUCACUGGUCGUGUCUGCCCCGCUCCUUGCGAGGGCGCCUGUGUGCUCGGUAUCACCGAGCAGCCCGUCGGCAUCAAGUCGGUCGAGUGCGCCAUCAUCGACAAGGGUUUCGAGGAGGGCUGGAUGGUCCCUCGCCCACCAAAGACUCGCACCGGCAGGACCGUCGCCAUUAUCGGUUCCGGUCCCGCUGGUCUCGCUACUGCCGACCAGCUCAACAAGGCUGGUCACUCGGUCACCGUCUACGAGCGUGCCGACCGAAUCGGUGGUCUUCUCAUGUAUGGUAUCCCUAACAUGAAGCUCGACAAGGGUGUUGUUCAGCGCCGUGUCGACCUCAUGGCCGCUGAGGGUGUCAACUUUGUCACCAGCACUCACGUUGGCCGCGACGUUGACCCCAAGCAGCUCCAUGCCCAGAACGACGCCAUCGUCUACGCCGUCGGUGCCACUUGGCCUCGUGACCUCAAGGUGCCCGGCCGUGAAGCCGACGGUGUCCACUUUGCCAUGGACUUCCUUGCUCCCAACACCAAGUCGCUCCUCGACUCUGGUCUCCAGGAUGGCCACUACCUCAGUGCCAAGGGCAAGGACGUCAUCGUCAUCGGUGGUGGUGACACUGGUUGUGACGCUCAGGCUACCGCUCUGCGUCACGGUGCCAAGAGCAUCGUCAACUUCGAGCUGCUUCCUCAGCCACCCAACGAGCGCGCCAAGGGCAACCCAUGGCCUCAGUUCCCUCGUGUGUUCAAGGUGGACUACGGUCACGCCGAGGUCGCUGCCCAGUGGGGUUCGGACCCUCGCGAGUACUGCAUCUCGACCACCUCGUUCGAGAAGGAUGCCGAGGGCAAGCUCGUUGCGCUCAACACCAUCAAGGUCAACUGGGAGCUCGACGCAUCUGGCAAGUGGCAGAUGAACAAGAUCCCCGGAUCGGAGAAGCGAUGGCCAUGCGACCUCUGCUUGCUCUCGCUCGGUUUCCUCGGACCCGAGAACGACGCCGUCACCGCGCUCGGCCUCGAGCAGGAUGGCCGAUCCAACAUCAAGGCUGACGACCAGAAGGGCAAGUCGCCUUACAAGACCAACGUUGAGCGCGUCUACACCGCCGGUGAUUGCCGACGUGGACAGUCGCUUAUCGUUUGGGGUAUCCAGGAGGGCCGUGCUUGCGCUGCUCAGGUCGACCGUGACUUGAUGGGCAACACCCGUCUGCCAUGGGCAGGCUCGAUCAAGAAGCGUGAGUUCCUGCCCAUCCAGGGUACCACCGGUGCUGAGAAGACAAAGGUCGCUGCUACUGCCUAA